CGGAAUCAAUAGCUCGAUUUAUGUAGGGUUAUCUUUUUCUCCUAAAUCGCUGGUUGUUGUUACUGAUCAUACGAGCAAUAUAAUCCUUCAUGGGUUUGGAUUUCAGGCGGAUGAGAUGGAGUUCUGAUUAGGGUUUACGUCUGAAUAUACAUAUAUAUGCCUAAAUUCCGCAACUCAUUUCUCUGAAUUGAAAGAAAUGCCUGGACUCUGAGAUGUUUCGAGGAGAGGCUUUUGGUUGCAUGUUUUAUCUGGAUGGGGGAGAUCCUAAAACCGCGGAUUGUUGACAGGGGUUAGGAAUAGGAUUUGGUGUUAGGGUUUGUAAAUAUGAUAAAACAGUUACUUGGUAGGCUACCUCGAAAGCCCUCUUCGAAAUCGAGCCCUAAUGACGCUGUUUCUAAUGAUGGAGGUGUUGCCAGCGCCGCACCUCCAUUUAUAAAUUCAUCUCAGGGGCCGAACUCCGUAGGUGCUGGGAAAGCUUCAAAUGCAAGCGGUGGUGCUUCCCGUACUAACAAUGGGGCUCCCGCCCUGCAAUCGUCCAGUAUGAAUAAGCCAAAUGGGAAAUAUGCAGCUGUUGCUUCCCAUGCCGGGUCUUUGCCGUCGUCGAGCCCCUACGAGGCACUUCCUAGCUUUCGGGAUGUUCCCAAUUCGGAGAAGCAAAAUCUAUUUAUAUGGAAGCUGAGCAGGUGUAGUGUUGUAUUUGACUUCACUGAACCCUCCAAGAAUCUUAAGGAGAAAGAUAUAAAGCGGCAGACCCUGCUAGAACUCGUUGACUACAUUUCCUCUGUAUCUUCCAAGAUCAAUGAUAUUGUGAUGCAAGAGAUUACAAAGAUGGUAGCUGCCAAUUUGUUCCGCACUUUUCCAUCCUCAAACCACGAUAACAAGCUCCUGGAAACCUUUGACGCAGAGGAAGAAGAGCCCAUGAUGGAACCGGCAUGGCCUCACCUUCAAAUUGUUUAUGAGUUCCUCCUGAGGUUUGUGGCUUCUUCAGAGACAGAUGCCAAGCUGGCCAAGAGAUACAUUGAUCACUCAUUUGUGUUGAGGUUGCUUGACCUUUUUGAUUCAGAGGACCAGAGGGAAAGAGAAUACCUGAAGACCAUAUUACAUCGCAUCUAUGGGAAAUUCAUGGUGCACCGUCCAUUCAUCAGGAAAGCCAUAAACAACAUCUUUUACCGUUUCAUCUUUGAAACUGAGAAGCACAAUGGUAUUGCAGAAUUGCUCGAGAUCUUAGGCAGCAUAAUCAAUGGGUUUGCAUUGCCACUGAAGGAAGAGCACAAGCUUUUCCUUGUCCGGGCUUUGAUCCCACUACACAAACCCAAGUGUGUGUCUAUGUAUCAUCAGCAGCUUUCAUAUUGCAUAACUCAGUUUGUGGAGAAGGACUUCAAGUUGGUAGAUACAGUGAUUCGUGGACUUCUAAAGCAUUGGCCUAUAACUAACAGUUCAAAGGAGGUUAUGUUUCUUAGUGAGCUGGAAGAGGUUCUAGAAGCCACCCAAGAAGCAGAAUUCCAGCGAUGCAUGGUACCUUUGUUCCGCCAGAUUGGUCGCUGCCUCAACAGCUCACAUUUCCAGGUGGCUGAGCGAGCAUUAUUCCUGUGGAACAAUGAUCAUGUAAGAAAUCUUAUCACGCAGAACCGUAAGGUGAUAUUGCCCAUAAUAUUCCCAGCCUUAGAGAGGAACACCCGGGGCCACUGGAAUCAGGCUGUUCAGAGUUUAACAUUGAAUGUGAGGAAGGUCUUUAUGGAUUUUGACCCAGAGCUCAUUGAGGAGUGCUUGUUAAAAUUCCAAGAAGAUGAGGCCAAGGAAAGAGAGAGGCAGGAGAAACGGGAAUCAGUCUGGAAGCGCUUGGAAGAUGUAGCAGCCUCCAGGGCUGUUAGCAAUGAGGCUGUGCUGGUGUCCCGGUUCGUGUCGUCCCUGGCUGUUGCUAAGUCCACAAGUCCACGAGCUGCUGUUGGUAGUUAGAGAGCCAUGAAUCCUGCAAAUCAUCUAAUUCAUGGUUGGUGGGGGGGGGGGGGCACCUCAUGGCGAGUCUACCUAAUGAUUGGUCAAUUCCCCUUGUUUCUUCUACAUAUAUAUUUUGAAUUAACCCUGCAGGUUGUGAAGAUGAUGAACGAAGAUGGGGUUCUGUGGCUAUUGAGAGUUGGUCCUAUUUUGGGCUAUUGAUCUCCUUUUAGGGUUCUUCAGCCAGCGAAUUGUAUGUGUGUAUCAUAAAAGGAUUUGGUUAUAGAGGUAGUGUCUGCGAAUUUCCUACCUGCUGAUCGUUAUUUUUAUUUUUAUGUAAUGAUGAUGCAAGAGAUUCUGCC